AUGCAGGCCGAGAUCGACGCUCUCAAGGAGGACAUGGAUGGGCUGGUAUACAAGCGGGACGCCUAUCAAGCCGAAUCGAACGAGGUCAGAGCCGAACUUGUCAAGUUUAGUAAGGAGUGCUCUGAGGCAGGCAAGGUCCAGGAGGAGAUGAAACGCAUGGAGAAGGAUAUGGCCAUACUAGCUGAUCGAGCCCAACACGCGGAAGAAAAGUACAUCUCCACACAAAAUGAGUUGCGAACCACUCAGUCCCAACUAGUCGAACAGCAAGACCAAAUCAAGCUCCUUGAGAAAAUAGAUCGUACCGAGAAGCAGAUACAGGGUUCAGAAGCUCGCUGCGUUCGUGCUGAAAAUGACCGAGCCGAACUUGAGGACGAGAUGGAGCGCAUGUGGAUUGAGCUCGAGGACGCCAGGCAUGAAAGAGGUUCACUUGAACAAAAAUGCGAUUCUCUGGCACAUGUGCUUAGUUCUGAGCCAGCUGCCCGCUCUUCAGUGGCCAAAGAGCACCAGCGAGUCGUCGCGCGACUCGAAGACCUUGAUCGCGAACACCAGUCGUCCUUGGACACUAUCUGUCGCCUGGAACGGAUUGUACAAGCCCGUAAUACAGAACUCGCCCAGACCGAGGAAUCCAUUCGUACUCAAGCAUUAGAAGCCGAGCAACUUCGAUCUCAUAGGCGCGAGUUGGAGCGCAUCAAAGUCCAGCGUGACAACGCACUCCAAGCCGAGUCCCAGUUGCGAAAACAAUUGGAGGAUGCUCACAAAUUACGUUCUGAAAGUACCGAGCUUUCACAACUGCAGGAACGAGUGAAGCACUUGGUCGAUGAGAUCACUCGCACGCAACGACGCGUGAACGAACUAAUGACGGAGAGACUCAACGUGGCCCUUCAAUCGAAACAACAAGAGCUCGAACUGAUUAAACGUAAGCUGGGCGUUCGAGGAACUGCAGGAACAACCCCUGCCCCAUCGAGAAUGAACAAAGGAUCCUAUUCUCGUCGCGAAUCGACAGCCUCGUCCGCCGAGCUCGAAACUCCACUACCACGUGCAAUGACCAGGAAGGAUUACCCAGAUUUUGCACCCUCUGAAUCUACGGCGACGGCGUCUUUCUAUUCUGUUGCCGCUACCCCACUUCAGACGAGCUCUCGUACAAACAUCUAUGGAGCGACCGCAGAGGUCACUAUCACCAAUCCGGACACUGUCAAACCUGGCAGGCGUAUUUCUGAUUCCAUCCCCCCUCGAUCAUCUCUGCGGACUAUGUCCGCGACCCGUCGACCCUCUGUUUCUGCUUCAUCCCUCCGUGGAGUACACUUUGCCACUUCUGAGACUAGUCGGUUUGAAGCGGACGAUUCUGACGCGACAAUUCAACAGAUACUAGCAAUUUGA